AUGACUGGCUUGCUUUUUCAAGAUUUUGUUGGUUGGUUUGAUAAGAGAAUGAAUGACAGGAAGGUUCUCUUAAUAGUAGACAAUUGCCCAACUCAUCCAAAGGUAGUUGAAGGUUUGAGAAAUGUAGAGUUAUUUUUUUUACCUCCUAACACAACGUCUAAGAUUCAACCAUGUGAUGUUGGGAUUAUUCGAGCAUUCAAAGCUCAUUAUCGUCGUCGUUUUUAUUCUAGCAUCUUACAAGGCCUUGAGGUUGAAGUACCAAAUCCUGAAAAAAUUAAUAUUUUGAAUGCUAUUAAUUUUGCUAACAUGGCUUGGAAUUUUGAUGUGAAGACAAUUGCAAGUUGUUUUUGGCAUUGCAAGAUUCGGUCAGAAGAAAACAAUGUUCCCGAACCAGAAGUUGGUGAAUUAGAUGAAGGCAUCCAAGGAUUAAAUGACGUCAUCUCUAAUUUACACUAUAGAAAUGUGAUGGAUGUUGAACAUCUUUUGAAUUAUCCUAACGAGAAUAAUGCAGUUAUGAAAUCACCUACAGACGAAGAAAUUAUUCAAUCGGUAAUGAACAGUAAUGAUGAUGAGAAUGAUCAUGAACCAAAUGAUAGUAGCGUUGUCCCAAAUGUGUCGUCAAAAGAGGCAUUUCAAGCAAUAGUCACCUUAAGCAACUACUUGUUACAACACGAGCAAAAUAUUCCGGAAGUUGUGUAUGCUCUACAAAAAGUUAAGGAUAGGAUUCAUUAUGGUUUAGGUGGGAAGAAAAAACAAUCAACUAUAGAUGCAUAUUUUUAA